UCACAUCGGCUUAGACCUGAUAACCCUCCCACACCUUUAUUUCCCAAUCGGAACCUAAUCGCGUGCAGUCAUCUGUGCUCUUGUCGUCUUUCUUCUCUUCUCCCACCUCUUUCACUCUGACCACGUGCACCAUGACUAUCCAAAUUGAGCCCUCCGAGUUGGGCUUCAAGCGUCCCUUCAACCAUGAGGUAUGCCAGGUUCUCCGCCUGAGCAACCCGAACGAGGAAUCUGUGGUCUUCAAGGUCAAAACCACCGCUCCUAAGCAUUACUGUGUGCGACCUAACUCCGGCCACAUCGAGCCGGGCAAGACUGUCGAAGUCCAAGUGUUGCUUCAGGCUAUGAAGGAGGACCCUGCCCCGGAUGCCAAGUGCAAGGAUAAGUUCCUGGUCCAGGCAGUCCCGGUCUCCCGUGGUUUGGAGGAUGCCAGCGUUGGCCAGAUUUUUGACCAAACCCCCAAGGCCGACGUGGUUGAGCGCAAGAUCCGAGUUGUCUACCUAGCCACAGAUGCCACAGAUGCCAACGACUCGGUCCAUGACGAGGAAGCUCCAGCGUACACUUCUCCUGGCGGCGCAAACUUCCAGACCCCCGCCCCCAAGAAGAUCGACUCCGAUGAACCCUCCCCAAUCCCUGCACCCGAUUUCUCCGAGAAGAAGUCCCAGUCUCCCCAACGUGAGCCGGCAUCUGUCAUUUCAAACGCCAGAUCCGCCGUCGUCAAUGCCCUUCCCUCAAGCGAUGAACUCAAGUCCCAGCUGUCCGAAGCCAACGCACAGAUCCAGCGGCUGAAGGACCGACUUGCAGACCAAGGACUGCGGCAGCGGAAGACCGGCGGAGAGGCUACCGGCAAGGCUGUGCCUGCUACCAUGCAGCAGUCACAUGCGCCAACGGCCGGUGGAGUUUCGAUCCAGGGUGUAGCAUGCCUCUGCCUGCUCAGCUUCUUGAUCGCAUACUUCUUCUUCUAAUCUGGUCUUCUGUUUGUCGCUUAUCUCACGGUCUAUCUGGCUUCAUUGCGCCUACUCUCCGUUUGCCCAAUGCCUCCGGUCUAACGUCGCUGACGCCUCUCCCAAAUUCCCAUCUACUUUUUGUCUCUUGAAGAGCAUGCCGUUUUCUAUCUGUUCUAGCAUCAGCCUUUUUCUGCGUCUGCUUUGAGUUUUCUCCCCAGUAUCAAUAUUCUACUUUCAUGUUGUCUCUCCGGACUUCCAAACCCCCCCCUGAGGCCGGACAUCUGUCUCAUCUUCUUCUUUGUUGUUGCUUUCCUUUAUUUCUUUCUUUGCCCUUCCUGUCUUGUCUAAUAUCGUUUUAUGAUGCCCAGGUGAACGGACUCAGCCUCUCGAUUCGUUUCUCUUUGUUUCAUAAACCAUUCUCGAGCUCGGGAUAAUCCAUGUGAUUGCUACUAGAGCUAGGUCCGUUUCGUACAUAGUUGGGGACUUCUUCUCCCUCUUCCGGUAAUUGGUUGAUUGCAGUCAUUCGGUCCUGUCUUUGCACCUUACAUGGUUUUAUGGACACAGCAACCGGAAAUGAC